AUGUAUUUCUCCGCCAGAGUAUUCUCACUGCUGGGGACCUUGGUCCUGUCAGCGGUGUUCACCCAUGCAUUCGAGCACACGCCGCUCGAGCUAGCAGUGCCCCGACUGCACGCCAUCAAACAGCGCCAUAAAUCCACCGCCGGCGCGGGACUAACGCCACGCGCAGUGCCGGCUGCCUCGUACCCCGAGCACAACCUCUCCGUGCCCGUGGACCAUUUCCACAACGAUUCACGCUACGCGCCACACACCGACGAGGAAUUCAAUCUGCGGUACUGGUUCGACGCCAGCCACUACCAGAAAGGCGGACCAGUGAUUGUCAUCGCCGCAGGAGAAACCGACGCCACCGAGCGCUUUCCAUUCCUGUCGCAGGGCAUCGUCACGCAGCUGGCCAAAGCGUACCACGGCAUCGGGGUGAUCCUCGAGCAUCGCUACUAUGGCAGCAGUUUUCCCUUCGAGAAGCUCGACAUAGACAACAUUCGCUUCCUGUCCACGGACCAAGCGUUGGCCGAUUACGCCUAUUUCGCCAAACACGUAAAAUUCCCCGGUCUUGAGCAUGUCGAUCUCACUCCCAAUUCGACGCCGUGGAUCGCCUACGGCGGGUCGUAUGCCGGUGCCUUUGUCGCGUUCCUCCGUAAACUUUACCCUGAGGUGUACUGGGGCGCUGUGUCCUCGUCGGGCGUGACAGCCGCCAUUAUCGAUUACUGGAAGUACUACGAGCCGAUCCGCCAGUAUGCCCCGAAGGACUGCAUCCUCGCGACGCAGGUGUUCAUCGAUAUUGUCGAUGAGGUGCUGAUCGACAACGCGGACAAUAAGACGUCGAACGCGGAGCUGAAGGCGGCGCUCGGGGCCUCUGCCGACCUCGACGACUUCACCUUCGCCAGUUCCCUCUCGGCCGGACUGGACGACUUCCAAGGCCGCAACUGGGACCCGUCGAUCGGCAGUCUCGGAUUCCGUCACUACUGCGAUAACAUCACCAGCACGGACCUGCUCUUCCCCGAGACCAAGAAGGUCGAGGAAUCGAUCAAAUAUUUCGCUGAUGUGGCGGGCUACGACGCGGAAAACGAGACCUUCAUCACGCAGAUCCUCAACCACGUCGGAUUGCUUCGCGACGUCUUCUCGUACUCCGACCUGGGCUCGGACGCCGACACACAGUCCUCCCACAACGACUCGUCGGCCGCAACCCCCCUUCCCAAAUCAUCCGGCACAAGCUGGAGUUACCAAGUAUGCACGGAAUGGGGAUACUUCACGACGGGCGCCGGAGUCCCGAAGGACAUCCUCCCGUUGAUAUCCCGUGUUCUCGACAUCGAGAACCUAUCGAGUUUCUGCUCCUCGCAGUUCGGAAUCGCCACGCCCCCUAAGGUCGAGAACAUCAACAAGCACGGCGGAUUCGAUUUCUCGUACCCCCGCGUCGCCAUCAUCGACGGAAAAGCUGAUCCGUGGCGGGACGCGACGCCGCACGCCGACGGGACAGCGGAUCGCGAGUCCACGGACGAAGAACCGUUCAUCCUGGUUGAUAUCCCAGCGGAGCACGUGUGGGAUGGAAUCCGGGGCGCGGUGCAUCAUUGGGAUCAGAACGGGGUGCUUGGGAACCAGACCCGGAGUGGCAUUCCGCCGAAAGAGGUGGUCGAGGUGCAGAAGGAGGUGGUGCGGUUUGUGGGCGUUUGGUUGGAGAAGUGGAAGCAUAGUGGACGUGGGAAUAGCACGGUUGCGACCAGACAGAGAGUUAUUGGACAUAAGCUUUGA